UGAAUAAUUGGAAUUUCUAAAAUGUGACAGAUACUGAACACUAAAAUAUUUAAUCAGUAAAAAAUUGUGGCUGUAAAAAAAAAAAGUGUAGGCUGUAGAAGAUUUUUUAAUGUCUUCAUGCACUAAACUCAAACAGCUGGAAAUGUCAUGGAAAUUAAUUCUCAGAAAAGAGCGUCAACCCAUGUGGCGCGUGCGUGCGUGCAUGUCUCUGUGUGUGUGUGUGUGUGCGUGUGUGUGUGUGUGCUGGACAGUGUUUGGUCCAGAGGUUUCCUGCUGGGACACAUCAGGAGCUCAUAAACCAGCCCAGAAUAGCAGCGUGUCAGAUGCCCUCCUAGCAUUUGCUACUGUGGCGGAGUCUCAGUGAGGUAUUUUAAACUGCAGCCUCGAGCCACACGAUAAUGUCCAGCCCUGUGGAGAAGAAUCAAUGAUCACUGCAUCACACUCAAAAUUGGAAUCUGAUGAUUUGCUAUACAUCCUUCUCUCUCAUUCUCACUCAAAAUCUAGUCUCACAAAACUAUGCAAGUGAUGAAGCAUUUUUUAUGUGUUCUUGAGUGAAAGCUACCGAAGGCUGAAUAACAUAUAACUCAACCAACCCAUGCUUUGAUUUUAGUUAGUUUUUGGAACAGAAAAAAAUAGAUGAUAAUACUAGAAUAAUAGGCUGAUGAAAAAUACUUUAUACUUUACAGUUACACCAUUGGCCAGUGAAUUUUGAGUAACUAUUAGACUAGGUUGGAAUGAAGCCCAGUUAAGUAGUUUUACUAGUUGGACUGAAGGUCUGUCAGAAUUUCUAAAGAAUUUGUCCCUAUGGAGUCGUGGUGUUUCACACAUACAAGUUUAUUUGUAUAGCGUUUCACACAAUACAAUUAAAAAUAAAAGUUAUAUUUAGGAGAAGCAAGGUCAUGUCCAUACGUCAGAAAUGUACAAUAAAAAUCGUGCAGUUAGUUGAUGGCAUGUAUUCUGUUAACAGCAAUGAUUGCAGCAAAUGUGUAGCAUUAUUUGGUAGUUUUGUACAUGCACACAAAUGUUUUUGCUUGUGUGUGAUAUGCAUCAGACGGUCAGUGAGAGAAAUGUAGGUGGGCCGUGGGUGGCCCGUCUGAGGCCGGUACUACUCAAACAUAGUAGAACCGCUCUGUGUAUUGUAUCAUCAGCCAGUGAAGUGUUUAGCAGCUUGGGCAUCAAUUAUUUCAGUUAUUAGCACAGAUAAAUAUGUGCAAUGAUACAAUCACCUGAAAUCACAGACGAGUACCAUCUUUUCUCCUUCUCAUUUCUCUCUAGUACUCAUUAUAGCAGCAUGCUGUGCUAGUUUAAGCUUCAUAGCAAAAUUAAUUCAGUGUUAUGACGCACAUUGAAGAUCAAUUCUGUGAAUGAUUUAAGCUGGUCUCGUUACUCAGCGGCGCGUCUAGAAAAGAAAAGCAAACCCGUCGCAAAUGGUAAGUUGUGGGUUUUUUGUUGUCAUUUUUUUUUUUUCCCUGAUUGCCAUGACAACGACAUGCUGUUUUUGGCACAUAAAUUUCCCCUCAUUCAUCUGUUUGUCUUUGCCUGCAGAGCCAAGACAUUGUCGGCAUCAAAAUAACUUCGCUUUGUCAAAUAUUUGUGUGGAAAAUCCUCUCUAGUCUCGUAUGUGGCCCGUGUUUGUCGUCACUGAGAGACUGUCACAAGCUAAUGAGAAUUCUUACUCUUCCGUGAGUAAGUGUUGAAACUAUUUGAGUUUAACAAGCUGGAAAUAACUAUGCCACAUCAAAUGCCUUCAAGAGUUUCGUAAAAUCACAUUUGAUUAGAGCCAGAGUAAUAUACAGCUUUUAUUGUAAACAGUUUUGAAUGGCCUAAAUUGAAGCUGAAGUUGAAAUAGAGCACCGUGUCAGGGUUGCUUUUGUUGGCAAAUUGCAAAUCUUUCCAUCUUUGUCAGUCUCCCUCUCUUCAGUCACUCUUUUAAAAGGUAAAAACUUUGUGUUUUGUUUUUUUUUUUUAACAUUGUGAUGUCCAUUGGCCUAUAAAUACUAUUCGAGUUGCAUGUAUGAGCAUUAAUAUACUGUUUUGUCAGCUGCAAACAAUAAAUUAUGCUCUCUUUGUUACUCAAAUGCCAACCAUGAAAUAAUGGUUCUGAGUGGACCAAAGCAUGUUUGAGAACUGCAACGCUGCAGAACAGCCGAAGCUGAGCUUUCGACAGGCGGGCAGCAGCACCUCCACAGACACAUCUGCGGGAUCAAAGACGGGAGGCAGCCAACGCUUUCAGAACGCUUUCAACUUGGGCAAAGCCAUGGGAGCCAAGGUAAACGACCUGCUUCGACGAAAAGAUCCCAGCAGCCUCGGAGACAUCGGAGUCACAGAGGUGAACAAGAACGUGGAGCCAGUGUGGUCCAGCCUGGCUGAGAUGGGCCACACUACAGCAAGAAACAGUCACAUCUCCUUGGAUUCCUUCCCUCGGCUGGAUCCCCCACCUCCCACCGGCAAAAAGCGUCUCCCACGGGCCCUGAAGACCACCCAGGACAUGAUGAUAUCUUCUGACCCCGUGGUAGCCUCCCCAGAAUCCUCCUUCGUCUCCUCACCUGACAAGAUCUCCAAAGAUAAAGCUGAGCUUCAGCCUGAAGAGUCCGGCCCUGAGAAACCUUCAGGACCCGGCGACCGUGUCGACAGCCAGAUGGAGAAGACGCCUGGUUCAGAACUAAAAAACGAGCCCACAGCUGUGGUGACGGAUGAGAAAGAUUCAGAGGAAGUCGAUCAGUCACAGCUGCUGCUCUCUGUUCCAGAUCUCAUUCACAAAGACAAUCUGGACCCAAAGAAACUGGCCAGCUCGGAAACUAGAAUGGCUUCCACCCCGUGUCCAGGGAAAGGGGGCUGCCGCAUCAGCGUCACUGAGGGGGAAUUGUUGGGGAAUGGCACGGCGGAUUACCGGACCGUCAGCCUGGAGAACGAAGAAUCCCACCCCGACCUGCUGUCAUUCGAAUAACAGGCUUGAGACCCUCAAGAUCAUUGAUUCUCCAGGCUUCUGCGAUGACAAAAACUGCUUUCAUUCUGCAUUUCAUAUUUUGCCUUUAAGUACCGCUGAUUGUACUUAGUUAUUUCAUAGAUAUAAUUAUUCAAAUGAUAAAAAUCACUGUUGUUUUUUGUUUUUAAUCGUAGCACCAUAAUCAAUUUAAAAGAUUGUAUUUUAAAGUAUUUGUGGACCUGUAACAAACAAAACAUGAUGAAUCAAUUAACAGAAGCCAAAGUCAAUAGUACACUGCAAAAAGGAGUUUUAAUUAGUAUUUCUUGGCUUUUUUUCCAGUCAAAUAUUCCAGUAGAACUUCAAAUGAAUUAGCUUGAAGCAACACUACUGCAAAAGAAUAUUAAGGCUUAUUCUCAUUAUAGCAUAAAUAUUAGUGAAUUUUGUAUUUCCUACUGCACUGAAAGAUUGUUUCACUCAAUUUAACUAUAAAAAAUGACUAAUAAUGAUACAAAAGAUUUUGAAUUCACAUAAAUGCUGUUCUAAUGAAUUUCAAAUCAAAGAAUCCUGACACAAAUGCAUUCAGGAUCAGCAUAUAUCUGCAUUUUAGACUGAUUUCUGAAGGAUCAUGGAAUAAUGGCUGUUAAAAAUUUAUUUUA